UUUAACACAAUUGGAAGUGCUGGUUUUUACCCUAGCAGAGCACACGCAUUAUCCAACCAGCCAGAACUACUCACACAUGUGCAGCUAUUGUGCUUUCAGGAUGGCUUGGAUUUAUCAGACCUUUAAUUUCAUUUUCUUAUUCACUUCGGUUUACAGUGAAUGUAUAACUCAGAUCUAUGAAAAUACAUACUUCCAAGGAGGAGAUGUGUCUACAGUUUUCACACCAAACCUUGAUUACUGUCGAAUAGUGUGUACUUACCAUCCUAGGUGUCUGUUGUUCACCUACCUUCCAGCAACGUGGACUAAAGAUCCUGCCAAAAGGUUUACCUGCUUCUUGAAAGACAGUGAUACUGAAAUAUUGCCAAAGGUGGGCAUGGCAGGUGCAAUCUCUGGACAUUCCUUAAAACAAUGUAACACACAAAUCAGGGCUUGCAGCAUGGAUGUCCAUACAGGAUUGGAUAUGCAAGGGACAAAUUAUAAUAUAACUACUGCUGACAGCUAUCAACAGUGUCAAAAGAGAUGCACCAAUGACUACAACUGUCAAUUUUUUACGUAUGCUUCAGGAGCAUUUCACAGUGCAGACUUUCGUAACAAAUGCUUCUUGAAAAAUAGCAGGAUGGGAACACCAACCAGUAUAAGACUGCUUAAUAAUGUUGUAUCUGGAUUUUCAUUAAAACCCUGCCAACUUUCUCAAACAGAUUGUCGUAUGGACAUUUUUCAACAAAUAACAUUUUCAGGAAUUGAUCUUACAAGUGUUUUCACUCCUGAUAGCUUUGUAUGUCGAACGAUUUGUACUUAUUAUCCAAACUGCUUAUUCUUUACAUUUUUUACCAGGGAAUGGAAAGUAGAAACACAAAGAAAUCUUUGUUUCCUUAAGACCUCAAGAACUGGGGUACCAGAUGCACCUGUAGAAAGGGAAAAUGCUAUGUCCGGUUUUAGUCUUCUAAACUGCAAAAGAUCUUUUCCUGCCUGCCAUUCCCGCACUUACACGGACACAAACUUUUUGGGAGAUGAAUUGAAUGUUACCUAUGUUAAAGGACACAAAGCUUGUCAGCAAGUUUGCACAGACACAAUCCGCUGCCAGUUUUUUACUUAUUUCCCACUCCAAGAAUCAUGCAACAAGGAAGGUAAAUGCAAAUGCUACUUGAGAAUGUCCUCAAAUGGAUCCCCAACUGGAAUAGUGUAUGAGAAAGGAAGGAUCUCUGGCUACACAUUAAGGUUAUGUAAAAGAAAAGCCAGCACUGUCUGUAUGCAACCACCUAAACCAGAUGACAGAGUUGUCGGAGGGACAGAUUCUUUCCAGGGUGAAUGGCCAUGGCAAGUGAGCUUGCAAGUCAAGUUAUCUACUCAGAGACAUCUCUGUGGAGGGUCAAUUAUCAGCAAUCAGUGGAUUCUAACAGCUGCGCAUUGCAUUGAUAAUCUCGAGAAUCCCAACAUUUGGCGUGUUUAUGCUGGCAUUUUAAAACUAUCAGAAAUAAAUGAGGAUACACCUGUCUUCAAAGUCCAAGAGAUUAUUAUUCACCCUCAAUAUGUGAUCGCAGAAACUGGAUAUGACAUCGCCUUAAUGAAACUUGAUAAGCCUAUGAAUUUUACUAAUUUACAAAGUCCCAUAUGCUUGCCAUCAAAAGAAGAAACAAACACAAUUUAUACCAACUGCCAGGUGAUCGGAUGGGGUUACACAAAAGAACAAGAUCAAGUGCAAGAUAUUCUUCAGAAGGCUACUAUUCCUCUAAUAUCAAAUGAAGAAUGCCAGACAAGAUACCAGCAGGACAGAAUAACCGACAAGAUGAUAUGUGCUGGUUAUAGAGAAGGUGGAAAGGAUGCUUGUAAGGGAGACUCAGGUGGGCCACUAUCAUGCAAACAUGAGGAAAUCUGGUAUGUGGUGGGCAUUACCAGCUGGGGUGAAGGAUGCGCUCGGCCAGAACAACCAGGUGUUUUUACAAAAGUGGCGGAAUAUGCAGACUGGAUUCUAGAAAAAACCAUGUAGCAUAAGAAAAUUCUUGAAAAUAUUUGGAUACCUAAAUCAUGGCAUGAAACAUAAUCCUGAAAUCAAUUUUGUGACACAUGUUGAAAUACGGUAAAUUGUGGUCUUCUUUAAUCUAAAGCACAGCAGAUAGGUUUAGUAAGGCAGAAAUGCAAGAAUGAACUGAUUUACAAUUGUAUGUAAUAAGAAGAGUAAUAAAAAUAAAAUUCUGUUUUAUAGUCACUGAUCUGGAAUAAUAAA